AGGCGAAAUCCACAAAUGCUCAGACGGUUCCGUUCUUUCGUGAAGAGUGGAGCUCGCUGCUACCAGUUCUUAUUCUUGUUCUUCAUUGCCACGUUCGCCACGGCGGUUAUCGUAUCGGCUAUCGCUGGGAGUGCACGUCGGCGGACGAAAGGACGUUCGUGUGUUCGUGCGUAUCGUAAUACAUACGGGGUCACGCGUGCACCAUUAAGUGGGACGGGGAAACUCCGUCGUCAUCGUGACGGACAGGGCCAGUGACAGUGGAUUUUCGUUGACGAGUGGUUCGAAGUAAUCGACGGCCCCACGGAUUCAGUGCGUGUCACACCGUGUCGAAGAAACAGUUGGGACAUUGGUUUUUCCUCGAUUUCUAAAGAAAAUCGAGCGAGUACGAAACGCGAAUUGCGGGGACCAGCAGUAUCGUUGCAUCGUCGCGAUCCGAUUCGUCGAGCGUAUCACGAGCCUGCAGCCAGUCACGAGCGAGUUGUACAGCUUGACAGAGAGACGGACGAGCGAGGGAGAGGGCGAAACCCGUACCAAGGGAAGAAAGUGACAGUGCGUCAGUUCUCGGUCGGACUCUGACUUGGCCCAUACGCUUAGCAGUUGCUUGCCACAGAACAGCCGGAUCGAGCCGCAAGGAGUACACGAGUGGUGGUAAUGCCGUGUUGAUACUGAAGAAGUCGAGUGUAUACGGUGAUCAACGAUCGGAACCACGGUGACUCUUCGUGAUUACCAAACACGUGUUCGAGUCGUAAUUAUCUUAGAGCCAGACUGUUUUCCGUCGUCAGAUAUCGUAGGAAUGCUCGUCCGUGAAUCUGAUAAGGGACCAGUGCGCGGUAAUCGUGUAAUCGAUUGACUUGACUAUCAGAUCGUUCGCGGUACACAUUCAGAGUGGCUCAAACGUGCGAGGAUUUCUAAUCCUAAUUAACGCUCUCGACAAUCCUUAAAAACAGACCUUACUCAGUAACUCGGUAGUCUCUGCAAAGAUAGUGACUGAUAACGAACGGAAGUGAACCAGUGACCGGUGAUCGUGUCGCCGCGGUUAAUUCCAACAAGUGGUGCGUCGUUCGAAGAUAAAGGAAUCUCGCAUGAUCGAAAUAGGAUCAGAAGAAUCGGCUUCCAUGUCACGCAAUCGAGGUGUGAAAAGAAGCGGGUUCCUCGUCGCGCAGUGUUAACCGGUUCGGAACGAACGCGGUGCACCGCGCCGGAGACCACGUCGUCGUCGACAAGAUAACAACUUUUCGGCCGUGCAUAUAAUCCUACUCGGCGUUUCGUCGAAUUUCUUGGCGUCGAGAGGUAAUAGGAAAGGGCGGCAAACUGUACGGCCACAGGGAGGAAGACAUGCUCACGAUGGAGACGGACCUGAAGGGCGGCAGCCUGCACGGUCAGAUGCCACCGCACCCUCACCAGGGCGUAUCGCCGAUGGGCCACCAUACCGGUGUCUCGCCGUAUGGUAGCCUCGGCUCGAUAGUGCACAGUCCGGCGCUGUCCGGAAGCCCGCCGAGCACCGGAGGCCUCGGCCUGGGCCUGCAGCAUCAUCACCAGGCCCAGCAGCAUCACUACGCUUCGAUGCAGGCUGCGCAACAGCAACAACAGCAACAGCAACAACAGCAGAGCAUGCACUCGCUGGCUCAACAGAGCGCUAGUCAGCAGCAACAGCAUCACCCGCAUCAACAGCAACAGCAACAGCAACAACAGCCUCAGCAACAUCACCAGCCGCCGAAUAACAAUAAUAACACCAGCAAGAAUAACAACAUUGAUCGUGUGAAAAGGCCGAUGAACGCGUUCAUGGUGUGGUCCCGCGGGCAACGACGCAAGAUGGCGCAGGAGAACCCGAAGAUGCACAACUCAGAGAUAUCGAAACGAUUGGGCGCCGAGUGGAAGCUACUCAGUGAAACGGAGAAACGUCCGUUCAUCGACGAAGCGAAACGGCUGCGAGCUGUUCAUAUGAAGGAGCAUCCCGAUUACAAGUACAGGCCACGACGUAAGACCAAAACACUGCUGAAGAAGGAUAAAUUCCCGCUCGGCGGAGGUGUAGCUGGAGUCAGCGGGAUGUUGGGCGUCGAUCAACGGCAAGUUGGAUCUGCCGGUGGUCCACAGCAGGCGCAAUUGUCGCGAGACGUUUAUCAAAUGCCGAACGGUUACAUGCCGAACGGUUACAUGAUGCACGAUCCGACGGCCGCGUAUCAGCAACACGUCGCGUACGGCGGUCACAUGGGCGGUGCAGCGGCCGCGGCCGCAGCCUCAGCGGCCGGGUAUCCGCGGUACGAUAUGGGACACCACAUGGGCGGUGGCAGCCCGAGUCCCAUAAACAGCUACAUGAACGGUUACGGUGGUUACGGAACUACCACCGUGCCCGGUGGCUCGCCGUCGCCUUAUCAUCAAGCCCAACCCGGAUCUCAGAUGUCGAGUCACAGUCCCAGCGGUAGCAGCAUAAAAUCGGAGCCGACGAGUCCGGCCAGCGGCGGUAUUCACACGCCGACGCCGACCGGAUCGUCGUCGGCGGGCGGGGCCGGUGGACAAGUCGUCAAGCGAGAGUACAUGGGUCAGCAACAGACGCAGCAAACGCAGGGUGACUUACGGCAGAUGAUCUCGAUGUAUCUGCCACAGGGCGUCGAGCAGGGAGUCGUGCAACACGGAGCCGGCGUCUACUCGCCUGGACCGUCGCCGGAUCCGCUCGGGCAGCAUCACUCCUCCAUUCCACCUCUCACUCAUAUGAUAGCUUAGAGUGACAAGCUCGGACGGACAGCUGUACGUACUGGACUCCUUUGAGAAAGUGACGGAGAACGGGACAAAAACAUGCGAUAAUUAAACGAAAAACACGAACAAAAAAGAGAAAAGACUAAAAUCGUAUGCGAAAGUGGGCGAGACUGUCGUGCACGGAGAAACUCGAGGACGUGGGGGCCGAGACAGGAUCGCAAAAGGUUUCUCGCAACCUCGGGAGAAAAUUUCACACACGGAGCAAGAGGAGAAAGGAAAGGAAAAUAGAAUUAAUCGAUAUGUAAACGGUUCAUAGUUGUAUACGAUCCGAGACGUCAAGAGCUCGUGUCAGGCACAGCGAGCAUCAUCCAUCGGGGAGAGAUUGUCGAAUCAGGUAUACAAAGAAACGAACCGAGAGAAACGUAAUAAUAACCCGCUAAUGUCGUUUCGUAUGCAGUUUAUUAUCGAACGCCGUUCUGAUAGAAUAUACGCUCGUUUUCCCAAGCUUGCGACGAAUCUGCGCUUCUCCGGCUCCCACGUUCUUUCCCGGCGAUUCGUUUGAGAGCGUUCCUUUUUACUUUUACCGUCGAUGCAGAGGCGCGAGGAAACGGUUCCGUUUCGUCGGGACAUUCUCGUUAUGGCAUCUCGAUUACCGGUCGACGCGAACGGUUCGCGAUUCGUCGGCCCCGGGUAAAUAGCGAGUUCAGUACGGAGGAAGGAACGCACAGAGAGAGAAAAGGAGGAAUUAAACCUCUUACUGUGAUAAAACAACAAAAAAAGAAAUCGUAAAAUUGUACGCUGCACGACGAAUCACGCGCAUAAGAAAAUAAGUGUCCAGGGUAUAGAGAGGGGAUGCUAAAAGGAAGAGGGUUAGCGUUGAAGGAUGAUCGCGAUAGAUAAUUAAUAAAGCGUCCAAGAAAGGAAGCAGUAAGAAAUAUAAUAGUUUAUAUUGCGUAUAUGUAUACACAUAUUUAUUUACAUACACGCAAGUGUAAAUUGUAUACACAUAUACAGUGAAAUUGCGACAUGGUCAACGCUUUUCUUAUUAUUUCCUCUCUUCGACGCUCUCGUAUUGUGUAUUGCGAUCAUCCUUCAGCACUUAUAUAAAUAAAUAUUUAUUUACAUAUGUAAAUGAAUAUUUAUGUAAAUGAAUAUUUAUGUAUAUACAUGUAUGCAAAUAUAUAUUAAGUAGUAUACAUAUAAAUAUAUAUAUAAAUAUAAAAAGAACGUAAUGAACGUAUAAAGAUAAAGAGGUACGUGUAUUAUAUUUUCCGUGUUAGCAAUAUAUUCCUUUUUUCUCUCUCCCGUUCUGUUGACGAUUCGUUCGACGUCCAUCUCAUUGCUACCUUCGCCGGUUUCGAUAGCGACUAUUCUUCGCGUAUCGUGGGAGAUCGUUCCCAAAUUGUCAAGGGAUCAACGAAACGACCGGAUGGACGCAGGACGAUGACUAUUGCUGCACACACACAUACACACGAACACAUAUAUAUAUAUAUAUGAAUAUAUAUAUAAAUAAAUAGAUAUGCAUAUAACGGAGAGCAGAGAAAGAAAGGAAGAGCGCAAAUGUACAUGACUGCGAGAUAGUAUGCAUGGCAUGCGUGAAAAACGGCGCCUGAAGAAAAUCAAACGCCCAGGGGGAAAUAAAUUCACGGUUGUGUAUAAAUUAAAAAGGGGCAAAGAUCGGUUAAGUGAAAUAAGUUGCGGAAGAACGACCGAGAACAGUAUUUAUUGCAUAUCGGAGCUGAUCUCGCGAAUAUUGCCCACAUAAGAUUACGAAACCCUUUCGGUGUUCACAGAGAGACUGUGCGUUCGUAUGCGAGAGUGACAAUAAGUUGUAGAUUGGUCGUUGAUCAUCAACCUCAUCCCAGUUCUUCUCCCGGUUUUUGUAUAUAUUUGUAAAAGGCACUCCUUGGUCACGCGAGAGGAAAGAAAGAGAGAGUGAAUGAGAGAGCGAA